AUGGCAGGAAAAACAACCCUGUUCGCACUAUUGGCGAUCAUUGCCAUAAGUAAAGUGCACAACUCCGAACUCAAUUUGCCUAUCCUUGGUUUAAGCUCUCCUUCCUCCUCAGGGUUGCAUUCAAGAUACGGCCUGGGUAGCGGUUAUUCACGCUCUAGUACUGGUACUGGAUCAAGUUCAACUAGUAGUGCCUUACCAAGCGCACAUAAUGCUAGCAGAGUUGAUAAAGUUAUCAAUGACCUAAAGACCACAAAAAUUCUGGAAAAAUGUAAAGCCACUCCUCAUGAUUUUGUUCUUGUUGUGGAUGAAUCCGGUAGUAUCACACAUGAUCACUGGGUCAGGGAGAUUAUGGACUUUGUCUCGAUAGUAGCAAAGGCACUGGAAGCUGGUAACCAAAGGAACAGAUUGUCCAUUGUUCAGUUUUCUCAUACUCCAAAAAUGGUCAUGGAUCUCACAAAUUUUGAGUCAUCUAAGGUAUCUGAUAUUAAGAAUGCUAUUCAAGAAAUGUUUUCCUCGGGGAAUAGAACCUUUGGCACUACAUAUACCGGGUCUGCUCUUAAAUUCGUGAGAGAGAAUAUUUUGGACAAGGAGAAAAGAUUUACUCUAGAUAUGGUGGGAAGAUCCCCUGUUCGUGAGAAGAAGAACCAAGUUGUGAUUCUAUUGACCGACGGUGCAGCAAACGAUUAUGAUGUAGCUGAACGUGAAUCACUAAUUGCUAGAUUUAAUGGUGUCCACUUCCUCGUCUUUGGUAUUGGACUUUUCAACAAUUUGGAAUGCAGAAAAUUGGUUGGUUGCUCCCAGUAUGGCGUAUGCAAUGAAUUUAUCAAGGCGAACUGGGAAAAUAUGUUCGCUCAGAUAACCCAUCUCUUCAAGAGAGUUUGCGACACUUCUGUUCGUAAUGCUGUUUGUUUGGAAAGAUGGGAAGCUUUUGGUGAAUGCUCCAAGAAAUGUGGAGGUGGUAUUCAAUAUGCUAAAUUUUUGGGCGCUACAACGCUUUCUGAGGCCACUAGAGGCACGGAUGGUAUUAUGGGUUUAACUUGUGAACAACAGUACGACAGUGUGUCUAAUAAAUUCAGAAGCUGCAACACUCAGCCAUGUGUAGAUACUGUUCCAACUACGAUUCAAGAACAUGUGCAAAAACCCGUAGAGGAUAAAUCGGUACAGCGUGAAUCUAGCACUGGUGAAAGUGGUGCAUUGGAGGCUCUUUUGGGUGAUAUAAAUGAUAAUACUGACAGUGACACAAGCACAAAUGGCUCACUAGAGACUGAUGAACACGAUUCCCCAGACAGUGGCUCACACUCGGAAUCGAACUCAUCCGAUGAUUUUUUUAGUUUUAAACAUGGAUCUAACAACGAAGAUCACAUAGAACCAGACCACGAGGUAGAAGUGGAUAGUCAUUAUGACCAAGAUGUUGAGCAUGAUGAAGCUGAGGAGGAAGGAGCUGAUCUUGCUCAGCCAGAGUCUGCCUCCUCCGACAGUAUUAUUGAACAAGGUACUGAAAUGGGACAGGGCCAAGAAUAUGAAGACCAGACAUCGGAAGAAACCAAAUACAACUAUACCAGAUAUAUCGGAGGCAACAGACUUCGUGUAGUUGCCGUUGCUGCAACGGUGGUGAUUUUGACAGCAAUCUCCAUCACGGCCUUUUCAUACCUCUUCCUAAAGGGUAAAGGCAAGACUCCACUGAUGCCAGACCCAUCUGAUAUGGAGUUCAUGAAUGCAGGAGACGGUGAUGACGUGGAACCGUCUGAGAAUUUCCAAGUAUCGAAUGCUGACGAUGGAAUUUGGGCAUAA